AGGCGCGGCCGUCGCCGCCCGGGCGGUGGCCACCUCGGAGGCCAAGAGAGUCAAGGUGUGGACCGCCGCCGAGGCCCGCUCGGCCUUCAUCGCAUUCUUCAGGGAUCGCAAGCAGCACGACUACAUCCCGUCGAGCCCGGUGGUCCCCCUGAACGACCCCACCCUGCUGUUCUCGAACGCAGGCAUGAACCAGUUCAAGCCGGUGUUCAUGGGCCAGCUCGAUCCGUCGAGCCCGCUGCAGGGCGUCCGGCGCGCGGCCAACAGCCAGAAGUGCAUCCGGGCGGGCGGCAAGCACAACGACCUGGACGACGUCGGCCGCGACGUAGGGGGGGCCCGCGGCUAAACCACCGUUCUUCGAGAUGCUCGGGAACUGGAGCUUCGGCCCUGCGGACUACUUCAAGGAAGAGGCCAUUGACAUGGCCUGGCAGCUUCUGACCGAGGUGUACGAGCUCGAGCCCGAGAACCUGUACGCCUCGUACUUCGCCGGGGACGAGGAGC